AUGCUGGAGUUCUUGCUGGUGGUCUUGGCGGCGGCGGCGGCUGCCACCACGGAUGCGGCGGACGCGGACUCUGCCAGGGUGGCCAGCGGCAGCCCGAAGGGGGGCGCGGGGAACAUCAUGGUGAAAUUCGUUCGGCUCCUCCUCUGCUUGAUUUUCGUCUGCCCUUCCUCGUCCAUCGCUUUUGCAUCCUCCUUGCGCUCCUUCAGCUCUGGAGAGACUGGGCACGACAGAGGCGGUCAGAUAGUCGGACCGGGCUGGGGGGGCUGCUCAGGCUGCUGGGUAUCGAUCCCCUGCCCACCUCCCCGCUCCCGGCAGCCGGGGGAGGGGGAGAACCAGGCAGCAGCUCCCCGGGGCCGAUGCUGGCGGCGCCUGCGGGCCGCGCCAGGCCCGCCUCAGCCGCUGCCUUUCGGGGCCCCGCCACUCGGCUCCGGUAACGGCUGCAGCAAUGAAGGUCCCCGGAGGGCCGCCCCCUUCCUCUCUGCCCGAGCCGGCCGGGAGGUCCACCCCUCUCGGGGAAGCUCAGCAACAAGUCCCCGCCGCUCUCUGCGGACCAGCACGCUCCCUCUGCACCCGAGGUUUCCGUUUUCGUUGUUUAAUUUGCUGCCAGAGACACCCCGAGGGGACCCUGCGCUGAGCCCCGCGGGACCUGAGUGGCGGCCCGGCCCGGCUCCCCGCACUCAUUCAGCACUGCUUCCUACGGAUGCUCUGCCGGGAGCGCUUGCCCGAAAAAAAAGGGAGGCCAGGUACCGCGGGUCCGCAGAGACGGGCCCUGCCCCGCGGCCAGGCGCGGAACCUCCGCCACUGCUCCGCCGGCACGGCCCUGCUGCUGAGAGCUUCCCCGGAAAACAUGGAAAGCCUCACUCUAAUGUCUGUCGCAGCCUCCCCACGGCCGCUGCCGAGCCCCUUCCACCCGCGACCGUGUCCAGCCCAGUGCACGGCCACCGCCCGUGUUCCGACCCCAGCCAGGAUAGAAGGAAGGAAGGGGAGCCCCCGGUGCCGCCGUUACCGUCGCUGAGCUUGGGGGUGGCCGCCUCAGCAGCUCUCUCGGCGGCGGCGUCGGGCUCCCGCAGCGGGGACCGCCCGCCGCCCGCCCGCACCGCGGGGCUGCCCGCUUCCUCUCGGCCCGGCUCCGCCGCCGCUCCGCCGCUCUCCCGUGGUCCGCUGCCACGCAAGGGCCCGCUCUCAAGCACCUCGCGAUUAAAAAUGGGACGUCGCUCAUCGGACACAGAAGAAGAGAACAGAAGCAGAAGGAAAAAGAAACACCGCAGACGUUCAUCUUCAAGUAGCUCCUCAGGCAGCAGAACAUACAGCCGUAAAAAAUCUGGAAGGAAGUCCAGAUCAAGGUCGCGGUCUCGAGAUCUCCAGUCUCGUUCACAUUCUUAUGAGAAAAGACGUAGGCACAGAUCGAGCAGUAGUUCUUCAUAUGGUUCCAGAAGAAAACGCAGUCGUAGCCGAUCAAGGGGCAGAGGCAAAUCCUACAGGUCUCAAAGAUCGAGAUCAAAAAGUAGAACAAGAAGAUCACGAUCAAGACCUCGGCAACGUUCUUAUAGUCGAAGUAGUGAAAGAUCCAGUCAUAGGAGAACUCAUAGCGGGUCUCGUGAAAGAGAGCGGCGUAAAGGCAGAGAGAAAGAAAAAAUAAAAGAGAAGGGCAAAGGAAAAGAAAAAGAGAUAUGUGGCACGAAGCAUGGCUGGAACAGGUGGAGUUCUGAGCAACCGGAACAGAUACAGCACAAUGGCCACACUUGUCUUUCAAGUACAAUGGAUUUGAGAUAUUUGUGGGACUCUGGAAACAUCAAAGCUGGAUUAGAACAUCUGACUCCUGCUGAACAGGCCAAAGCCAGAUUACAGCUGGUUCUUGAGGCAGCUGCUAAAGCAGAUGAAGCAUUAAAGGCUAAAGAGAGAAGUGAAGAAGAAGCAAAGAAAAGAAAGGAAGAAGACCAAGCCACACUCGUAGAGCAAGUGAAACGAGCAAAAGAAAUUGAAGCUAUUGAAAGUGACUCCUUUGUUCCACAGACAUUCAGAUCAAGUAAAGAAGUCAAAAAGUCAACAGAACCUACCGAACUACAGUAUGAACCUGUAACUAUCGGAGUGGGAGCUGUCGAUACAUCUGCUCCUGAAAAAGAACGACCAUCUGCCAGUAUUCCUACUGCCAUCAAAUAUCAAGAUGAUAAUUCUUUAGCACAUCCAAAUCUGUUUAUCGAGAAGGCAGAAGCAGAAGAGAAGUGGUUUCAGAGGCUGAUUGCUCUCCGGCAAGAACGGCUGAUGGGCAGUCCAGUGGCCUGAGCAAACCACUGUGACCAUCACAUACCAGCUCUCCAUGAAUACUAAGAAAUCCCACCAUUAAAUAGUUUUAUUUUUCUCUUUUAAGGAGAUUUUAAUACUCAGUAUGAGUUGUACAGAAAAUAAAGAUUUCAUCUGAAGACACAAGAAUGUUCUAUCCUCCAUUUUUCUCCCAGACUCAUUGAUUGGUGACUUGUAUUGCCAAGCUACCCACUGUAGAUGAGCAGGCUGUCAGAGCAGGGUAAUUUUCUCUUUUUGUACUGAAUUCCUCUGGGGUGCAAAAAACUUGACAGCCCAAGAAGAUGUAAUUUUAUAGCUUCCAAUCAAAAAUAUAUAUAUAAUCAUGCAGCAGUUUAAAGAAAAAUGCAAAAAUAAGACUGUCAAAGUUCAGAUUGACUAGUGCACCAACAGUAGGGGUGCGAGUGGUACCACCCUGGGCCAUUGCAUCUGCUGCAGCUGGAGGAGGAUUCAGGGCAAAUGGUUUCACUGUUAUCCCUUCUUCCUUCCGCUGUGCAUUGCAGUAGCAGCCUUUGAAUCCUGAACAUCUGUAGACAAUCUCCUUGCUGAGGGGCUCUUCUAAAUUGAUGGGUUGAUCCAGCUGCUCCAGCAUCAGCGUGGUUCCUCACUUAUGAUGGGCUUGAGGGGAAAGUAAUGUUUCCUUGAACAUCUACUCACUACUGUUACCAUCUGGGGAAAAAAAAUGUUACUCUUUAAAACAAAAUAGUAAAGUUUUCAACAGGUUUCAAGAAAUACUUUUUUUCUGAGCAAUUUUAAGCUCAUUAUAUUGUUUGAUAAUCUACAGGAGCCUCUACAAGAGGCUUUCUGUGAACUCUUAAUGGGAAAUAAUAGUAAGAUUAUUGUGUGUAGUGGUACAGACUUUUGUUGACCAGACUAGUGGCAUACCUAUUUCUGUACAGUGACUGUUUUCAAUCUAUGAAGCUUCCCUUUGUCUGAGUAUGACUUUAAAAUAUCAAAUUAUUAGUCUUACUUGAAUCUAUCAGAUUUAGCCCAACUAUACUUACCAAAAAAAUCUGCCCUUCAUUCAACUAAAGGCCAGAGAUCAACCAAAUAAAAUACAGUAGUAUUUUUUCUGAGGUAUCUAGCAAAGCUGUGAAAAAACUAUUACAUCAGUAGAAGACUAACCUGAGUCCCCACUCUGGACAUACCUCACUGGAAAUGACCUGCAUCAGCUUUCCCAUCUGAGUGAAGAAAUUUCAUAGAGCUAUUUUCCCUUGUUCUCAAAUCUGUGGUGAGAAAAAAAUAAAAAAGGAAGGAUGAUUCUGGGAAUGUACUUUGGUUUCCUUAUUUCUUUAAAUCACUGAUAUAAAAGGAAAAUGUAUUAAAUUUGCAUUCUAACGUGUUUCUACUUUUUCUUUCUGAAAUGUGUCAGUUUGACUUGGUCCUGCAUUAAAAUAGCUGUUUCAAUACUGCCUUGCCUGUAACAAAAAGUGGGAAAAAUUGUUUCCCUUGUUUCAUUUUGGCAUUUUCAAAUGGUAAAUAUUUGUCAUUGUUCUAUUUUCUAAUCUCCUUCUGUGUUUCUUUCAUAGUAAAUAAAAACUAUUUGAUCUCCAUGCAAA